AUGAGCGCUACGGUUGGCGACUCGGGCAAAGCCAUUGCCUUGCAGCAGAUGCAAAACACACUUGGCCCGACAAGCCUCUUCCGUCUGCCACCCGAGCUGCGCCUCAUGAUCUGGAAGUUCCUGUUGCCCGGCCGCAGAGUCUUCAAGGCGAGAAGCUCCGGUGCCCACAUGGAUCCGCGUCGCAGCGACGACCGCCGCUUCGUCUUCGGUUUCGACUCCAAAGUCUCGCAGCCCAUCCUCUCCCAGAUCUGUGCAGAGUCUCGACAGUGCCUGCUGGAUUAUGGACAUGGACAGUUCAUCUUUGGUCUGGAAGGCGAGGCAGGGCUCUGGUGGGGUCCUGAGGACGUGCUGCUCUUCGACCAGGACUGGUGCCUUGGAUGGUCCACACCCUCUCUUGAGGGGCUGAAGGCCCUCGACCGCGUCAAGAACAUCGCGCUCGACUCCGUCCAAGCUCUUUACAUCUACUACGAAUACGCACUUCCCGAGGCCGACGAGACCUACCAAGAUGGAAGUGAAGACAGCGACCAAGAAAGCUACCACGAGGAUGAAGAUGGGCAGGCCACAGAUAGCGAUACCGAACCUACCGCUGCUGAGCCUUUUCUACCGCAGCGCAUUACGCUCGGGUGCUGGAGCUGCAGCGAAAAGCCUCACUUCCUCGAGUACUUUACGGCCCUGAACGAGCUGACGAUCGUCUUUGAGCGAACCAUGAGGCCAUUCUGCGGCGACAGCAGACUUUACCACCUGGUAUCCGCAGUGGGAGACUGGCCAAUCUCCCAGUUUCUUGACAGCGUUUGUCCCUAUGAUCGUGUCACGUUUGUUCGAGACAGCACCAGCAUGGAUGAGGCCGUUCAAAAGAUGUCGAAGUUCAGAAGGCUCUGGAUGCAGACCGCGGACACACACCGCUGGUCGCACUGCGAAUACGGUCGCACAUUUAAUACCGCGCAUGUUUUGUACGACUUCUGCAUCGACAGGUCACGCACCGAGUCUCCCGACGCGCCUUAUAUUGUCACAUCUUUCAACAUGAUGGACAAUGAACAUUGGGCCAUUUGA